AUGACUUACCCAGGCAUCGUCCAAAAUACCGUCUCAGUCGUCACUGCACUUCCCAGGAAAGAGGGCAAGCUUUAUUUUGGGCCUGACCCUGCGUUUCGCCUGGACAAGUACUGUCUAGACACCUGCAUCAAGAGGCUCUCCGCCCAAUGGGAGACCCCACGGCUCGUUACCACACAGGUGAACAACGAGGAUUUUCCCCUGUUCUAUCCGAAAAAUGACGCGACAAGCCAAUAUAUCGCAGAAGCCUCUAGUAUGGUCGAUCGUGUCACACAGCUCACCCAGGACCCCAAGGCCUCUUAG